AUGGCGACGCGACAACAAAGUCAGCGAAGAGAUCUUGAAGCCCAAUAUGAACAGCUAUCGGGUUUAUCCAAGGAAACUGAGUCGAAACUGGUUAACUUACAGUCUUUACUACGAAAAUUAGCAUAUUUUAACCGAGCAACAGACGAGAUUUUGAGAGUGAAUUCCAAAGAGGCGAUAAUACGACAACAAACAACGCUAAAAACCAAGGUAAGCAAAGCGUAUGGUUUGAUUGAGCUUAUACAAUGCUUGAAAAUCGAUGCAGGCGAAUCUGACAAAACUAUAGACGAGUGGACAAGCGAAAAUAAUGGCAGAUUACAUGAAUAUGAAGCAGCAAUCGAAGAGUUAAAUCGUAGGCUCUUAGACGAAGAGAAAAUACAAAGGGAAAUUGAGCGCCAAGAGAAAAUUCGACAAGAAGUGGAAGCACGAGCUCUAAUAAGACAUGAGGAAGAACAGGCAGAAUUUGAAAAGCGUGCAAGGGAGGAAAAGUUUGCAUUAUCUUUGGAAGAAAAGAAGUUGGAAAUUGCUUCUGCAAAACGGAUCAAAACAAAAUUACCUAAUCUACAAAUAUCAAAAUUUCAAGGAAGUCAUUUGGACUGGGUGCGGUUCUGGGGUUUAUUUGAGACCCAAAUUGAUAAAGCACCUAUGAAUGAUGAAGCAAAGUUUGCAUAUUUGAAAGAGCAUGUUGUAUCUAAAGUUAGGAUUACAAUCGAUAAAUUACCACUCAGCACCGAAGGGUAUGCGAAAGCGAAAAAGAUGUUAAAGGAACGGUAUGGUGAUACAAGUGAGGUGGUCAAUGCACACAUACAAGAAAUUAUUUCCCUACCUACCAUUAAUGGUACUUCAAAACAAAAGAUACAUAACUUUUAUGACAAUCUUGUCGGACACGUUCAAGUGCUUGAAACAUUCGGAAAACUAGGCGAUGUUGCGGGAAAUGUAAGGAUGACUUUGGAUAAGUUGGAAGGAUUUGGGCUGACCUAACAAGAACCUCGGCCAGAGUGGAUAAAGUGGACCUUCCCUGAGUUGGUUGAAGCAUUGCGACAAUGGAUUGAGCGAAACCCAAUACAACAAAGUGAGAAAGAUGCGAAGAAAGAUGGAUCACCAUGGAAAGACGGUAGGAAAGAUAGACUAUUGUUAGCAAAGGAACAAUCUAGACAGUGUGUGUAUUGUGAAAGCAAAAGUCACAGAUCGGUAGAGUGCGAUAAAGUUGUGAGUGCAAGUGACCGAAAGAAAUUGUUAAGCAGCAAGCAUCUGUGUUUUAAUUGCACAGGCGAAAAGCAUAGAGCAAGUGAUUGUAGAAGUAGGAUCCAGUGUUAUAACUGCAAGCGAAGACACCAUACUUCUAUUUGUGAUAAACUAGAAGAUGGUCAAAAGCUGAUGUGCCAACCCAAUGGAAAUGAUGUAUGUUGUUUAUCCAGUUGUUGUAGUCGAGAUUGAAGGAGUUAAGUGUCGAGCACUUUUAGAUACUGGAUCUGGGAGUUCUUUCACGUCAAGUACGUUAUUGAAUACAAUUGGAAAAAAGCCAGUGAGACAGGAAUUUAAAUCAAUUGAGAUGAUGUUCCAAACUACAACAAGGAAAAUUGAUGUGUACGAAGUCGAGAUUGCAGAUGUUGAGGGAAAAUGCAAGAUGCCAUGUGAGUUGAACCAGAGUGAGAAGGAUGUGCUAAUGACUUUGCCAAACCCCAGGUACAAGGAACUUAUUAAAAUUUAUGAACAUCUUUGAGGAGUCCAUAUGAAUGACGGAGACGAGAAAGCACUUCUACCUGUUCACCUUAUCUUAGGAGCCAGUGAUAUGUCCAGAGUCAAGACAUCAGAACCAGCCAGGGUUGGAGACGAUGGGAUGCCAGUUGCCGAGAAAACCGCGUUGGGAUGGACCAUCAUGUCACCGGGACGAUGGAUGUGCUAGGAUUAGAAGACCGUGCCGAAGGAGAUCAAGGAACCGUUUAUCAGGAGUUUAAGGAACAGCUUACUAAGCGAGAAGACGGUCGAUACGAAACGUCAUUACCAUGGAAGGCUAAUCAUCCAGAGCUUCCGACCAAUUACCAUGUUGCUAAGCGGAGAUUUCAGUCAUUAUUCAACCGGCUUGAUAAACAACCAGAACUGCUAGAGACUUACCACAGUAUCAUAGAGAAUCAACUUGAGGAAGGAGUCAUUGAAGUCGCACCAGAGAAAGCAGAGAGAAGCCGAGAGCAUUAUAUCCCACACAAGCCUGUAGUACAAGAGCAUGCCGAGUCUACGAAUGUAAGAAUUGUUUACGAUGCUUUGGCAAAAGCUGAUGAAAAAUCACCUUCGUUGAAUGAUUGCUUGGACAUUGGUCCCCCACUCCAAAGGCGAAUCCUAGAUAUACUAUUACGCAGUCGAAUGAGACCAAUUCUCUUGGCUGGUGACAUAAAACAAGCAUUCCUACAAAUUGUGAUCAGGGAGAUCGAGCGAGAUGUAAUGAGAUUUUUAUGGAUAAAUGAUCUACAACGCAAAGAGAUGAUGGUCUAUCGCAUGACCAGAGCGAUGUUUGGGCUAGGCCCAAGUCCAUUUCUACUCGGAGGAACUUUGAAUGUUCACCUCGAGAAGUAUGUACAGCAAUAUCCACAGUGUGUUGAAGAAUUGUCCGAAGGAACUUAUGUUGAUGAUAUAACCACGAAACCUGGAUGAACGGUCCUCGUUGGUUAAGUGAGCCUGCAAAAUGGCCGGAGCAAUUACAGAUCAAACCCAGCGAAAGUCGAAUGGUUAAAGAAGUGAUGAAAGUUACCAUUCCGAAAGAGGCUGAUUUUGUCGAUAGUCUGUUAGAGAAAUUCCAGCUGUUAAAAGCAGUACGAGUUUUAGCAUGGGUUAAGAGAUUUAUUGACAACCUGGUGUAUGGCAAGAAAGUCAAUGGGCCAUUAUUGGCAACCGAGGAAAUGCAGAAGCAGAUGCAGUUCCUGAUUAAACGAGCGCAAUCUGAAAGCGAAAUACUUGAGAACUUCAAAUAUGAUUCCACCAGAUUAAAUCUUCAAAAGAACGAUGAAGGAAUAUACGUCUGUAAAGGAAGAAUCCAAGGCAAAUAUCCUGUAUAUCUCCCAGCAAAACAUGUUUUAUCCGAAAUGGUUGUAAAGCAAGCCCACGCGAAGACUCUGCAUGGGGGAGUUGGUCUGAUUAUGAGCAAAGUUCGUGAAGAAUACUGGAUUCCAAAGCUACAAACUCUAGCUAAGAAAGUCCUCAGCCAUUGUUAUGGAUGUAAGCGGUUACACACAGCACCAGAACCUAGGCCACCUCAAGGUAAUCUCCCGAAAGAAAGAACCGAAGGCAUGACGCCAUUUGAUGUAGUAGGUGUGGAUUACGCUGGACCUAUUUAUUACCGCAGCAAGAAGAAUGAAGAUAAGUCGUAUAUCCUCAUCUACACAUGUUCCUUAACACGAGGACUCCACCUGGAACCCCCACCGAAUUUAAGUUGCGAAGAGUUUCUGGCAAGUUUCAAGAGGUUUGUUGCAGUCCGAGGACGACCAAAGAAGAUGAUCUCAGAUAAUGGGAAAACUUUUCAUGCAGCGUCAAAGUGGAUUAAGAAAGCUACACGAGAUGAAAAUUUCCACGUGUUUCUGCAGGAUCAUAAAAUCCAGUGGCAGUUUAACUUAAGCAAGGCAAGCUGGUGGGGCGGCAUGUUUGAAAGAAUGGUUGGAUUGGUGAAGAAUUCGCUUUACAAAGUUGUUGGUUCAGCUAAACUCACUUACAAAGAGUUGCAAGAUGUAUUACUGGACAUACAAAUAGUACUGAAUAACCGCCCUUUAACGUAUUGUGAAGAUGACGUGCAACUUCCGGUUCUCACACCAAACCUCCUGAUAUUGGGAAAAGCAAAUUAUCUAUUAGAGUUGCCUACCGAAGAAAUUGAAGAAGACGAUCUACGAAGGAGAGCAAAACAUUUAAAGAAGUGUAAAGAUGCGUUAUGGCGUCGUCGGCGAAAUGAAUACAUGAGAGCACUUCGAGAGAGACACGAUUUACGACACCACGGGAAAAGCGCACAAUUGCAAGAAGGCGAUGUAGUUCUUAUCAAGGGUGAUGAAAAGAACCGAGGCAAGUGGAAGAUUGGAAUCGUGGACAAACUAAUACCUGGAAGAGAUGAAAUCGUGAGAGCGGUGAGACUGCAUGCAGGAAAGAGUUACCUCAAUAGACCUAUUCAGUUUCUAUAUCCAAUGGAGCUACACUGUGAAGCGAAGAAACAAAAUCAAGGAGAACUGAAUCCCGAAGCCAGAGAGUUUAGACCAAAACGAAGAGCAGCGGUUGAAGCAUUAAGGAAUAUUCAUCAGAUGCAGGAGAAUGAAGAGGACGGUGACUAAUAACUUUGCAUGGGUAUAAGUAAAACUGUAAGUGACUUGAUAAAGCGAACAACAGUUAGUCAAACUUAGUCAGUUUAUAUUUCAAAUAAAGAUUAUUUAAAAUAGGGGGAGUGUGUCGUGAACGUUUAUACAGUUACAUUUAUAGAUCAGUAGUGUUAAUAUUAUUAAGGAAAUGUACAAUUUGAUUGACACUUUGGAUAUAGUAUAUAACAUGUGAGCGAGCGUUGACUUUAGAACGGGAAUUAUAACUUAAACAAAACGUGAUAUUAUAAAGUCUUUACUUCUUCAAACCGAUUGUGGGAAUCAAACGAAACUUCAUCACAAAGUUGCAUAUUUGAAGGUAGAACCAUUAGAUCCACAGAGUGGCCAGAUGGCUGCCAAAAUGGUCUUGAACCCGAGCCCAGGUGUCAGAAGACAACAUGGAGUCCAGCAAAGAGAGUCGUUGGGAGGGUGUGUCAGCAAGAUUCAAACGGGAGGGAAUGUGAUGUAA